AUUCUGAGAGGAAGAGAGUUGAGGAAAAGGGGGAAAGAAAACAAGAGGGUCCGCGGGGUAGCGCAGUCAGAACACCCAUGGGUGGUUGUGUGGGCAGUCACCAUGAUUCUUCGGGCAGUUUAAACGAAAAUUCAGACGGAACCGGAGUUGCCCUGGGCCGCAAUCAGCCUCUGAAGAGAGAGAAGCCCAAAUGGAAGAGUGACUACCCCAUGACGGACGGCCAGCUGCGGAGCAAGCGCGAUGAAUUCUGGGACACGGCGCCGGCCUUCGAGGGUCGCAAGGAGAUCUGGGACGCGCUCAAGGCCGCCGCCCACGCCUUCGAGAGCAACGACCACGAGCUGGCCCAGGCCAUCAUCGACGGGGCCAGCAUAACACUGCCGCACGGUGCCCUGACGGAGUGCUACGACGAGCUGGGGAACCGCUACCAGCUGCCCGUCUACUGCCUGUCCCCGCCCAUCAACAUGAUCGAGGAGAAGAGCGACCUGGAGAUCCUGGACGUGCCGGACCCGCCCCCGAACUCGGGCCAGGAGUGCCAGCUGCGGCUGCGCCUUUCCACCGGCAAGGACCUGCGGCUGGCGGUCCGCAGCACCGACUCGGUGCACCACAUGAAGCGCCGCCUGCAGGCCGAGGAGGGCGUGGCGCCCGCCAGCCAGCGCUGGUUCUUCUCCGGGCGGCCGCUGACGGAUAAAAUGAAACUGGAGGAGCUGAAGAUCCCCAGGGACUACGUGGUGCAGGUGAUCGUCAGCCAGCCGCCCCCGCAGAACCCCACGCCCGUGGAGAACUAGCGCCCCCCCCGCGGGGCACGGAGGAGACAGAAAAACUCUCAAACACCACGAGACAAUAUUGUUGUUCCUAUUAUUUUUUUUUGCCUCUUCUGGAGUUUUGCUUUGUUGUUUUUUUUUUUUAAUCUUUUUCUUCCUUUUACUUGUACUUCUUCUCCUUCCUGUCCUGAAACUGCACCCAUGCGUCUGGUGCACCCAUGCACGAGGAAGUGCUGGCCCCUGGGCCGAGGGAAUUCCAGGCCCCGCUGGAGGGAGGAAUGUGUCAGAGCGGACCGGGACGCCACAGGGGACCGGGACCGCCC